UCACCAAUCCAUUCAUACAAUGAACUUCUCGACCUAAGACAAGCAUACACUUGGGAUCGCCGGCGUAUAUUUGACUUCCUUCCUCAUGUUGUUGAUUAUGGCUAUAUGUAUGAUAUUCAAAAUGAUCAUUUGCCAUCGCUCAAGGCAAUUCUCGCCCAGAUUGAGAAGCUGUGUCCUCCGAAUGGCAGUGAUUUUCCCUCGCCUGGCUUGGAGCCUGAUCAAUCAAUCAGGCGAAUCUUGAACCCCGCUUGGGACCCUCGGAAUCCAUCGAGUGUCUCAAAAUUCCGGUUAAAUUCCUUUUGGCAUGACGGGGUCGGCUACUGGAGUUUAUUCGACAUCCUCGGCCUAUUCCUCUCCUCGGUUGGAAUUGCGCCUAAUAGCGCUACAACCCGCAACUUCUAUCUCCCGCUAACGGCGAUGUAUGGAAGGUGGUGUGUUAUUCUGGGGGCAUGUGCGCGAACAAUGUUCAAUUGA